UGGACCUAGAGGUUGGUUUCUAAAUAUUCUAAUUAAAGACUGCAACCUACUGUCAAAUUAAGAAUGUUGGUAGAGUUUGUUGCGCGUUGUCUGGACAGUCUACCACGGCUGCGCAGAGGUGCAGGCAGCUUUUCACUUACUUUUAGAGGAAGUGGGAACUCUCAAAUAUGAGAACAACAUGAGAGGCUGUAGGAUGAUCCCACUUCGAAAGGCGCAGCUGAUACUAUUUGCACUUCUGUUUAUCUUGAUUGGGGCAUCUCUGACUUCAAUGCUUCCCCUGGCUGUGGAUACAGAUGAUGAUGGCGGAGUAAUGGAUGUUCUACGCCGAAAAGCUGACUCUCCUCCACUGAAGGAUUCCUUUACUAUAGUAAUACAGACGUACAAUCGAACAGACAUCCUUCUUAAACUCCUCAAUCAUUACCAGGCAGUGCCUCAUCUAAGACAGAUUGUCAUCGUGUGGAACAACAUCGGAGUGCGGCCACCACAGCAAUUAUGGGGUUCCCUUGGUCCGCAUCCUGUUCCCGUAGUCUUCAAGGAGCAAAGCGUCAAUCUGAUGCGCAACCGCUUGCAGCCUUUUUCGGAGAUAGAUACAGAUGCUGUGUUAAUGGUGGAUGAUGAUACAUUGGUCAGUGUUCCCGAUAUAAGUUUUGCUUUCUCUGUCUGGAAGCAAUUUUCUGAUCAGAUUGUUGGCUUUGUACCACGCAAGCAUGUGAUCACAGCUUCUGGUGUUUACAGCUACGGCAGCUUUGAGCUUCAGGACACUGAAACAGGUGGAGGUGACCGGUACUCCAUGGUUCUGGUGGGUGCUGCCUUCUUCCACCGUCGCUACCUGCAGGUCUUCCAAGACCAGCCCAGCCAGGUGCAUACCUUGGUGGACGAAACGCAGAACUGCGACGACAUUGCCAUGAACUUCGCUGUGGCGCUCUAUUUGGCACGGCAAGACGGGUCAAAAGCACGGCCCUCUGGGGUUCUGGUAAAGCCUGUGGAUAUCCGGAACCUGGAGCGGGACUCCCGCAGCGGCUACAUUGGCAUGUGGCACCGGGCGGAGCACAUGCUCCAGCGCUCCUACUGCCUGAAUCGCCUGGCACAGAUCUACGGCAGCAUGCCCCUGCAGGACUCCAAUAUCAUGCUCACGCAGUUCGGUUUCCCAAGCUAUGCUAACCACAAGAGCAAGAUAUGAGGAACUUUCAGGGUAAGAUUAAAUGGCACAGCUAAUUAGUGAGAAAAGCCAGGUUGAGUCACAUAGUGGUACUGACAAGCAGAUUUUGAGGCUUGAUUUCCUGUCUUAAAAGACCUAGAACAAUAUAAAACAAUCUCCAUAGGAAAACUAAGUAAUUUUAUCAUUUUAUAUCUAUGACGUCUAUGUCUACAUUUUAUUUUCUUCAGGGAAGAAUAGACUAUGUGCACGCUCUAAGCGAUGGGCAACGUCACUUCUGUUGACGUUCAAACAAAAGAGAGAUCUAGCUCGCUACUCCCUCCCCUUUCCUCCCGUGCAAUU